AUGGACAAUGCGUCCUACCAUUCCGUCAAAAUUGACCGAGCCCCAACAUCCAAUACCCGAAAGGCGGAUAUUAUCAAGUGGUUGGAAGAUAAAGGAGAAGUAAUUAAUCACUCAAUGGUCAUCCCUCAACUUCUACAUAUUGUCAAACGUCUGAAGCCAAUACACAAUAAGUAUGUUAUUGACGAACUUGUGAAAGCGAAAAAUCAUACAGUUUUACGACUCCCGCCAUACCACUGUGAGCUAAACUCCAUCGAACUGGCUUGGUCAUCAGUGAAAAACCACGUUCGGAUGAAUAACACCACUUAUAAACUACCAGACGUAAAAAAUUUAUUGAUAGAGGGCAUAAAACGAGUCGACGCUAAAAUGUGGAAAAAUUUUAUAAGCCACACCAAAAAGGAAGAAACAAAAUUUUAUGAAGUUGACAAUAUUAUUGACGAGGUCUUGUCCGCGGAGAUAUCAGAUGAUUUGACGAUGACUAUCACGGGAGACACUUCAUCUGAAACGGAUUCAGAUAGUGAAUAA